UUGAUGCAAACUGCCGAGCCAGGCAACUGCCGCCCUUGCAAGUAAACUGUGAGCUUCGUCUCUUCUUUACUUUCCAACCUAUACAUACAUCCACUUGUACCUAUAGAAAAGGUACACGGCCGUUGUACAGAGUACAUAAUCAAGUGCAUGUCGGAGAGAGAACUCCGGAGAAGGAUUCCGGUGAGCCGGAUUGUUAGAAGCAGAGCACCGCAUCGAUCGUCGCUGUCACCGUCACCGUCACCGUUAGGUCAUCGGAGAAGUAGGCCUGUGCCUGUGCCUGUGCGACGCCGAUCAUCGAAGCAGCCGUUGAUUAGGGCUUUGAAACGAUGCGGAUCGGAGCCGCUCUUGCCUUCUGCCGCCUCCUCCCCGGACGACGGUGGCUGGAAUUUGACGCCACCGCAGCAGGAGGUGCUUUUCCGUCCGCAUACUUGUACAGAUAUAUUUUCGACUCCGGACUAUUUCGUGAAGAUAUCUCCGGCGAAUCACCAUUUCCCGGGGUACAACAAGGAGUCCAAAGUGGUGGUUAAUGUGACAUUUGAAGGAUGUCCUGGUCCUGUUCGCACCAUGGUCAAGUUAGGAACAAGUGUGGACGAAACCAUUCGUCUUGCCAUUAACAAGUACAGUGAAGAAGGUCGCUCUCCUCAUCUCAAUACCAAUGGUGUCUCAUCCUUUGACUUGUACCAAUCCAACUUCAGUCUUCAAAGCCUGAGUAAGUCGGAGUUGAUAGGAGAUGUUGGCAGCAGAAGCUUUUAUCUCCGGAAGAGCAGUAAAAAUAUGAGCAGAGGAGAGGUAUCCACAACCUCUCUCAAUUCAGACUCUGAUGAAUACGUUUCCCUUGCUGAAUUCUUCUCUCGAAAGAUCAACAAAAUCUUAAGAAGAUCUGGUAAGCUCUGCCAAUUCUUUGGGUGCUUCCAGUGCUAAGGAUAAUUAAACCUAUUAUACCCCUUUUUACUGUACUGGAGGGAGUAGCAUGGUAGUUUUAGAUCACUGCUACUCUGCUCUCAUCAUAUAGCUUCAAUUACUAGUAUUGCCUGGGUUUUCUUUCCAU